AUGGUCAACCAAUUUGAGAAGAAUGAUCCAAGAUUCAUCGGCGGCAAGACCCUGCUGCACUACUUUGGUGUGGCUGACCAGUCCGCCUGGGCCAACAUCGGCGCCAUCUUUGGCUUUUUUGGGGUGUUCAUGGUGUUCACGUGGCUGGUUCUGAGCUUCAGGCGUUAUGAGCGGCGGUGA